GUGUCGCUGCGGCGACCCCGGACGGGAGGGCGGAGCGGCCGCAGAUCGCGGGGAGGAUGUGGACGCUCGGACGCCGCUCGGCUGCCUGCCUCCUACCCCGCUCUGCGCUCCCCGGCUUGGCCCACGCCGGAGCUGGGACCGCACCGCCGACGAGAAACAUCCCACUCAGCGACCGCGGAGACCUGCGCUCCGCGACCGCCUGGGCCGGCGCGUCCAGCCCUGCAAGUUUGCGCCUCCAUUGCCUCAACCAGAUGCUGAAUGUCAAAAAGCAGAGUGUCUGUUUGAUGAACUUGAGAACAACAGGAACUUUGGGCAACCCAGGCUCCCUUGACGAGGCCACUUACGAGAGACUGGCAGAGGAGACUCUGGACUCCUUGGCAGAGUUUUUUGAAGACCUUGCAGACAAGCCUUACACGUUCGAAGACUAUGAUGUCUCCUUUGGGAGCGGUGUUUUAACAAUUAAACUGGGUGGAGAUCUGGGAACCUACGUGAUCAACAAGCAGACACCAAACAAGCAAAUCUGGUUGUCCUCGCCAUCCAGUGGACCGAAGCGCUACAACUGGACUGGGAAAAACUGGGUGUACUCCCACGACGGCGUGUCCCUCCAUGACCUGCUGGCCACAGAGAUGACUAAAGCCUUGAAAACCAAAUUGGACUUAUCUUCUCUGGCCUAUUCUGGAAAAGACACUUGAUGCCCAGCCCAAUUCUAAAGACACCGGAAGCUAUGAAGCGAAGACCCCAGCUUCCUUCUGCAGCUGAAUGCCUAGGUCCCAUUCCUGCUUUGAGGACAGUGGCCUUGUGUGUGAAAGCUCUGGGGAGAGAAUGCCUCACCUCCCACUCUGUCCCUGACUUCGGAUUUUCAAUUGUCAUAGUGAUUUGGGAUUUAUUGUCUCAGUUCCUCUCUCACACAAUAUCCCGUAUCUUUAUAAUACCUAUAAACUCAUGCCGUUAAAUAUAACCUUGCAACAAAGAAAAUAAUAAGAAGGAAAAACUCUGAGAGCAGAAAUAAAUGGGCUCACUAUUCAUUCUUUGAAGAACUUGCAGGAAAACUGCAUGAAGAGUGGCUGGUCUCACCAUUUUGUCUCAAAAUGAGACUCAUUAAGCAGGAGCCGAGAGAUGUUCCCACGCCUCUUGAAAACAUAAACACUCUAAGCCUGUCUGUUGAAGUGUCGGUGGCAACUUGGGAAUUCUCAAACUGAAGACUGUUCUUCUUUGUGCUCUGUGUCUGCCAGGGUGUGUGUAGCCUGCAAGGGGUGACUCAAAGAUACGGUGCUCUUUCUCCCAUACAUACAUACAUAUAUGUGCAUACACACAUUUAAGUAUGUGUAAAUGUGUGUAUUUAAAUCUCUUUUUUAAAUUUUAGGGUCAGUAUAGAAUCAGCUGCUGCAACGCAGAUCUGAGAAUGCAAAAAAUCACCCAAAGACCAGAGGGGGGAAGAAAGCCAUCUCUAUAAGCUCAUGGGGGCUCCUCAUGAAUUGUGAAGGGCCACACAAAUGGAAGUUUCUGUUCAUGCAAAGAACCCUGGUUUGCACUUGGCUGAGCCCAGAGUGCUGUCUGUCUCAGGGCAAGUUUCUCGAACUCGCUGGACCUCUGUCCUCCCAUGUGUUAGAUGAAAGAGUUGAACUGGAUAGAGUAUAGUCGAUUCCCCAUUCAGACACUCACUACUUCUGUUAGGCAGCCUAACAGGCCAGCUUUAAUUUCCUCUGGUAGUUGAGGGGAUGACAAUGAACAGUUUUUUAAGCUAUAGAAUAAAAUAUAUGGUUAUUAGCACUACUUGAAUGUCUACUGAAUUCAUGUUCAAAUAAUAGCCAUCCUUUAUUGUGCCCGUACUGUGCUAACCAAUGCUACAGACUGAGUGUUUGUGAUCCCCUAAAAUUCAUAUGUUGAAUCCUCAUCCCCAAAGUGGUGGUAUGAGAGGGUGGGGCCUUUGAGAGGUGAUUAGGUCUUAAGGGGUGAGCCCCCAUGAAUGGAAUUAAUCCCCUGUGAAAGAAGCCCCAGAGAGCUAGCUCCCUCUCCCCUUUACUGUAUGAGGACCAGCGGUCCCUGGACCAGGAAGUGGGCCUUUGCCAGACACUGAACCGGCUGGGACCUUGGUUUUUGACUUCCCAGCCUCCACAACUGUGAGCAAUAAAUUCCUGCUCUUCACAAACCACCAGUUUAUAGUGUUUUGUUAUAGCAGCCUGCAUGGACUAAGACAGCCUACUACACCAUAUGGCCUCAUUUUAGCACCCUCGGAACUCAUCCAAAGUCGCAUCUAUUAUUCUCUUAAUAAAGAUUUGUUACAAGUCCAUGGAAAUGUGUAGCAAAGAGUUUUGCAGUGGGUAAAUGGAAAACAGUCCAUUAUAGAAAAAAAAUUAACAAUAAAACAACAUAUACAAAUGUUCAAUCAGUACUUAAAAUAUUUCUUUUCAGCCCUGCCUGGUGUGGCUCAGUGGCUUGAGUGCUGGCCUGUGAACUAGAGGGUCACUGGUUUGAUUCCUUGUCAGGGCACAUGACUUGGGUUGCAGACCAGGUCCCCAGUAGGGGGCAUGCCAGAAGCAACCACACAUUCAUGUUUCUCUCCCUCCCUUUCUCCCACCCUUCCCCUCUCUCUAAAAAUAAGUAAAUAAAAUCUUUUAAAAAAUA